AUGCCAGAUAACUUCCAACAGAUAUCCCAGGCUCAACUCAACAGUCAACGUCUUCUAGAGGCCAUAGAUUUGUCCAACGCAGAUGUUUUCAAGUUCAAUGGGGAUCCAUUAAGAUAUUUCGAAUUUGUCCGAUCUUUCGACAACCUCAUUGGACGUUCAGCACUCGACAAUGGUGCUAAGCUCUUGAGGCUGUUUAACAGUUGUGAAGGAGAACCAAAGAAGAUCGUUCAGUGCUGCAUGAUUAUGGACCCUGCUGUUGGAUAUCACAAGGCCAGGACGCUCUUAGAAGACAGAUUUGGGAGUCGAUUUGAGAUCAGUCAAGCAUGGGUGAGGAAGGUCACAAGCGGACCAAACUUGAGACCUAUUGACAAAUCAGGACUGAAGACAUUUUCUGAUGACCUCAAGAUCUGCAACACCACCCUUCAAGCAUUGUGA